CAUAAUGCCAAAAUGGCUGAAUAUAAGUUUGCAUUCUAAGAAUUUGGGAAUUUGCGUAAACUAUAGAAGAGAAUAAGAAUUUGACGAAGCCGUCAAUACAAGUGAUAAUCUAAUGAUGAUAAAUCCAUUUUAUAUAAUAAAUUAACUUUUAUGGCCACUAUUUCUUCAUAAUGAGCGACAUCGCCAAUAAUGAGACGAUUGAGGUAUCGGAGAAGCCGGUUCAAGAAAACGAAGAUGUUAAAUUCCCGCCCUUCCCUGAUCCAACUGAUAAUGACUUCGAGGAUGAUAUACCAGAGGAAGAAAGAAUUUACUACAAAAAUAAAUUUAAAGACUUGAAUACUGUGACGAGUGUAAGAUUACACUGUUCUGCUUGUGAUCGUCAUUUAGGAUGCUCAGCACGCAAUGAGAGUCGGAUGCGUCCACAUCCAUUGCUCCGUACGUUAGUGUGUCAUACUUGUCAUACAUUUUACAAUAGUGGAGAAUUUGAGAAAGGUGAUGAUGGUUCUGAAUUGUAUUGUCGGUGGUGUGGACAAGGCGGACAAGUUUAUUGUUGUUCAGAAUGUCCACAUGUGUUUUGUGCGAAAUGUAUAAGAAGAAAUUUGGGGAAUCCAAAAAUUAAAGAGAUAGAAGAAUUAGAUGAUUGGAAGUGUUUUAAAUGUAAUAAUAAAUGCCUAUGGGAUCUUCGUGCUAUUUGUUGGGCUGUUCUUCGCUACUGUGACUUAAAAAACAAAAUAGCAUACGAAACACAGGAUUUGGUUUUAAAGGAGACAUACCAAAAACAUUGUGCAUUAGAUCACUCUGAAUGUUGCAAAAAUAAAGUAAGGAAAAAAGAUUCAAAGAGAAAGGAAUCAGAAUCAACUCCAUCUACAAGAAAAUCAACAGCUGCUGCUGUUAUUUCUAAAAUACCACCAACCAUUCAGGUAAAGAAAUUUGCUUCAAUAAAUAUGGAGGAGUCUGUUAACAUAAAAUCUGAAAAGAAAGCUCAAAAACGUCCUGCAAGUCCAAAACACAAAGCAAUAUUAAUAAAAAAUCCUAUUGCAAUAUCAAGUAAGAUGGGUAAUCAGUUGACACCAGUGCCCAAAAAAAUUAGAAUGCCAAAUUCUCCAGUUAUUAAUCCAGUUAGAUUUAGCAAUGAUAGAAAAACACCACAAACCUAUGGCAACUUUACAAAGAUAAGACCCAAACCACCACAAAUGUCAAUCAUGUUUAAUGGAUUCAACAACACUGCUACAUAUAGUAAUGAUAAUAUUAAUCUAUCAUUAGAAAAUUUAACACAGGGUUUAGACAUGUCAGCUGUUGCAGCAAUUGCAGGCAGCUCUAAUGAUGAUGAUGUUGUUUGCACACCUGAUUUUCCCCUGGAGCCAUUGUGUGAGGUAACUGAAGAUAAUGGCGAUGAUGACGUUCAGUGCAUGACGCCAGGCCCAGCUUUCACGCCGAAGCCUCCACCGCCGCCGCCUCCGUUGGUUGUGCGCAAUAAUAACACUUUACCAGACCUCAGUCCUGAAAACAUUGUAAAAAUGACUGAAAAUGAUGUUACAGUCAAUACAACCACGGGUGGCCUAAAGUUCAGAGUGGAUCCCCAAACCUUGUCAUCUAACAAAAUGUAUCGCUUGCCUGAUGGUCGUAUUUUUGCGAUUAAUGCAAAUCCAAGUAUGCCAGGAGGUUAUUCCGCUACAAUAGUCGCUUUAACAGAUAAUAAUUCAGGAAAAGUUACAUCAAAGGGUACGACAUUUGCUGCGAAAUUAAGCGCUGUUUCAGCGCAGGCUGCAACGCCUCCUCCUUUAAAAUAUGUGACUCGAAACCAAGCGAGUCGCAGUCCAAAUAAACGUAGUACUCCAAAAUCCGCAAAAGUCGGUAAGGGAACUGACGCAUCCAGAAUUUGUGACUUAAAUGUACCUGUAGAAUGGUAUCGAUAUAAUUUGAUUGAUGCCAUUGAUGCUCUUGAGUACUCAUUAUCAAGGUUACAUCAUUUAAAGAAAAAUGCUACUACCAUGCAUUUACGAACUCGAUCAAUAAAUGAAAUGCGAAAUUUACAUAAAUCACUGGAGCGUUCAUUAACAACAUCAAUGACUAGGUUUAAAGAAGUUCGAGAUAAUUUGAAUAAGGAGUUUAAACAAUACAUUGCAAAGAAAACGAGUAACAAUCUCAGUGAUGAUGAUGAUGUUGAAAUAUUACACGAAGAUGAUAACGAUGAUCCAAUUUUUAUUGAUGAAAAUUCACUUGAAUCAAAUGCUCACGAUAACCAGGAAGUUGAUUUAACCGCCGUUGGCAGUAGUGAUCUCAAUGAUAGCAAUGAAAGAUCAUCCGAAAAAAAUGAUUUAUCAAGAAAUGAAGCUGAUACCUUGAACACAGACCACAACAACAGUAAUUUUGUAAAAAUUAAUAGUAAUAUGUCGACUCAAAUUUUAACAUGUAAACAAAAUGAUGUUCAUACAGAUUAUGAUCAUACAGAGAAUCAAAACGUCUCCAUUAAUUCCGAACAAAAAUCUGAUGAAAAAGACGACUCAAGUGAAAACCAAAAUGAGCAGAAUAGUAAAAAUCAAAACAAACCAUGCAAUGCGAGAAGAGAGAAAAUAGAUUGCAAAGAAUUAAUAAACAAUAUUAUUUGUAAAACAGAAACAUCAAUCACUAGUACUAAAAAGAUUGACAUGUUAGAUGAAGACAAAAUCUUAAAUGAAAGUUUAAUUUCUCCAGAAAAUGUUAAAAAAGACACUGAAAUGAGUGAGGAGAUGAUUGAAAAUUUAUUGAAAGAUGAUAAUGCAGGUGAUGAUGAUACUCAAAACACCCAGUCCUUCAAUAUUUCAGAUGAAAUACAAGAUGCACAGUCCUCAGAAAAGGAUUAGUACUAUAUAAACAUACUACAUAUGCACAUGGGGUAACUCUUAUAGUUAUUAAGCUAAAUGUGGGGA